CCACCUCCCGCUGCCAUUGCUGAUGCUCCAAGUACCCCAAGUGCCCCCAUCCCAAGGGUCGUCAUGGCUCCCGGUCCCAUUAUAGUUGGUGCAGGCCCCUCGGGCCUCGCCGUGGCCGCCUCCCUCCGCCGCUUGUCGGUCCCCUCCGUCAUCCUCGAGAGGUCGGACGGCAUUGCUGAACUCUGGCGCCACCGCACCUACGACCGCCUCUCCCUCCACCUCCCCAAGGCCUUCUGCCAGCUUCCCCACCUCCCAUUCCCUUCUCACCUCCCCACUUACCCCUCCAAGGCCGACUUCCUCUGCUACCUCCACUCCUACGCCCACCACUUCUCACUCCACCCCUUCUUUGGUUGCACCGUCGUCGCCGCCCACUUCGACCCCACCGAGUCCCUCUGGCGAGUCACCACCGUCUCCGACCUUUCUCUCCAAUCGGAGAUGGGAGGCUUGGAGGUGGUGGAGUACGUUUCCCCAUGGCUGGUGGUGGCCUCCGGUGAGAAUGCGGAGCCCGUGGUGCCCGAGCUGAAUGGAAGAGAGGAGUUCAAGGGGAGUAUGUUGCACUCCAGCAAGUAUAGGAGUGGGAAGGAGUACAAGGGAAAGAGAGUGUUGGUUGUGGGAUGUGGGAAUUCUGGGAUGGAGAUGUGCUUGGAUUUGUGUGAAUGUGGUGCCGUGCCCUUCAUGUCAGUGAGGAGUGGGGUUCAUGUACUGCCAAGGGAGAUGUUUGGGACAUCUACAUUCGGGUUGGCAAUGAAGCUGCUGAAAUGGUUGCCAGUGAGGUUGGUUGAUAGGUUUUUAUUAAUGGUGGCCAGGAUGGUGAUUGGUAACACUGAGAAGUAUGGGCUAAAAAGGCCAGAGGUGGGACCUGUAGAGCUCAAGAAUGCAACUGGCAAGACCCCUGUCUUGGAUGUGGGAGCCCUGUCCCAGAUCAAAAAAGGAAGGAUCCAGAUAGUACCAGAAGUGGAGUCCUUAACAAGCAAUGGAGCAAAGUUUGUAGAUGAAAGAGAGCUGGAGUUUGACUCUGUGGUAUUUGCAACUGGCUAUAAGAGCAAUGUCCCCACCUGGCUCAAGGACACUGAUUUUUUCUCAGAGGAUGGCAAGCCCAAGACUCCAUUCCCCCAUGGGUGGAAGGGGGAUGAUGGGCUCUACUCUGUAGGAUUCACAGGGAGAGGACUCCUUGGCGCCAGUGCCGACGCCAUCAAGACUGCUCUUGAUAUAGCUGAAAGUUGGAAGAAUUAUCCAGAAAGCAAGCAUUUUAUUCUCCAAACACACCCCCAAGGACAAGCAAAUAAUGUCGAGUGA